ACUUGCUAAGUUGCAGGACAUUCUGAAGGGGCAGGGUGAACAACCCCCCAGCAGUAGUGGUACAUGUUGGUACCAACGAUGUGGGUUACAAAAAGAAAUGAGGUCCUGCAACAGGAAUUUAGAGUUAGGUAGGAGAUUAGAGGAUCAAUAAUAAGAUUGUAAUUUUUGGAUUCCCCCAGUGCUGCAUACUACUGAGUAUAAGAAUAGGAACAUAGAUCAGAUGAAAAACUAUCCAAAGUUGGCUUGCAACUGGGUGACAAAGGAUGUUGGUUGAGAGAUGCUUUUAUGGUUGAAAGCAGUAUAGCACUGAGAAUGAUGCUGAGACCCUUGCUGUUUGCUAUGUACAUUAUGACUUGAAUGUGAAUGUAGAAAGUAUAAUUGAUAAUUUUGCAGAUGACACAAAAUGGUGGUCUUAUUGAUAGUGAGGAGGAUGCUAAAUCUGGUAUUGAUCAGUUGGUAAAUUGAGCAGAACAAUGGCAGAUGAAAUUUAAUCAUGAUAAGUACAAGGUGAUGCAUUUGGGAGGCUUAAUAAGGGAAAAAUAUACAUAAUGAAUGGUAGGUUCCUUGGGAGUACUGAGGAGCAAAGGGAUCUUGGUGUACCAGUCCUUAGAUCCCUGAAGAUGUCAGCACAGGAUAUUUGGCAAAGAUUUGCAGAUGGGAAACUCAAUCCAGGUAUUGCAUCGAGAUCUGCAGUCUCAGUCGAUUUCAUCAGUUGUUCAUCACUGGGUGUCAUUGGCCUUUUAAUGGCAUCAAAAAUAUGCAUUUGUGAAUGAGAAACUGAAACCGCAUUCAGUCUGAUUUGAAUCUAACAAUCCACCAAGACCUGGGUAUCUUCAAAUUUUGCAUAUGAAAAGAGAAUUGUUUGUCCCUUCUAUCUGUGAGGAAAGAUUUCAAAACAUCGAUGUGACUGGAAACAUAAAUAUACACGCCUAAAUGUGUGUAUUUACAGGCUGACUGGAAAGAGCUUUAAUCACUUACACAAGUCUGAAUUUUUAAAAAAUCUCACUAGUUAAAGCAAGCAGAGGCCAUAUGCUUGUUCUGUAUGUGGACUGAACCUCAACUGAUGGUGACUCUCCAGUUGCACAAAGACGCGGACAUCAUGGCAAAGCCGUGGGAAUGUGCUGAUUGCGGUAAAGGAUUUGAUUAUCCAUCUCUGCUGGAAAAUCAUCGGCGUGGUCACACUGGGGAGAAGCCCUUCAUCUGUUCUGUAUGUGGGAAGGGAUUUACUCAGACAACUAAUCUCAUGUCACACCAGCGAACCCACACUGAGGAGAGGCCAUUCAACUGCACCCACUGUGGAAAGAGGUUCAAGUCCUCAUUUAGCCUCAGUACACACCAGCGAGUUCACACUGGGGAGUGGCCAUUCACCUGUGCAUGUUGCGGGAAGGGAUUCACUAAGUCCUCCAACCUGAUGACUCAUCAGCGAAUUCACACAACAGAGAAGCCAUUCUGCUGUGCCUCCUGUGGGAGGAGUUUCAGGCAGUCUGGCCAUCUCAUUGUACACCAGCGAGUUCACACCGGGGAGAAACCAUUCAGGUGCUCUUCCUGUGGAAAGCAUUUUCGGCAGUCAAAUGAUCUAAUUUCACAUCAGCGCGUUCACACUGGGGAGAGACCGUACAACUGUUCAGUGUGUGGAAAGGGAUUCACUACCUCCUCCAAUCUGCUGAUACACCAACGCACUCACACCGGGGAGAAGCCAUUUACGUGCUCCACGUGUGGGAAAGGAUUCGCUCAGUCACGAGACCUGUUGAGACACCAGCAAGUUCAUAAAUGAGUGCAGUCAUUGGAUUCUGCUGUCACUGCAGCUGUUCAUCAGACUCAGGACUAAUAGUCUAACAGUAUUUUGUUUUGUUUUUCUGCUCAUGGUAUAACUUGCUGGAGUUUAAAAUCCUUGAUAAGUUGCUAAUUUUGGGGAUGUGAUAUCUCUUUUUAAAAGCACCAUCUGUGGUCUUUUCCUGAAUUCAAGAGUUCCCAACAGGUUCAAUUGCAGUCAAAUUAUGCACUUUUAUUCAAUUCUCAGUUCAUAGAGUCAUAGAGAUAUAUAGCAUGGAAACAGAUCCUUCGGUCCAACCCGUCCAUGCCGACUAGAUAUCCCAAUCCAAUCUAAUCCCACCUGCCAGCACCCGGUGCAUAUCCCUUCCUAUUCAUAUACCCAUCCAAAUGCCUUUUAAAUGUUGCAACUUUACCAGCCUCCACCACUUCCUCUGGCAGUUCACAUACCACCCUCUGUGUGAAAUAGUUGCCCCUUAGGUCUCUUUUAUAUCUUUCCCCUCUCACCCUAAACCUAUACCCUCUAGUUCUGGACUCCCCGACCCCAGGGAAAUGACUUUGCCUAUUUACCCUGUCUGUGCCCCUCAUAAUUUUGUAAGCCUCUGUAAGGCCACCCCUCAGAUUCCGACGCUCCAAGUAAAACAGCCCCAAGCUAUUCAGCCUCGCCCUAUAGCUCAAAUCCUCCAAACCUGACAACAUCCUUGUAAAUCUCAGUGUCUGAAAUAUUCUGCUGAUUAAACCUUCAAUGAGAAAUUAUUAAUUAA